AUGGAGUAUCGCCACAGGAACCUCCAAUGGCGGACUGGCCUGGCCAGCGGAGCCCAAGGGGAGGUGACCACUGCAGAUCAGCCGGCCAAGGGCUUUGUUCGAUGCCGCUCAUGGCCAAGCUUUGGUGACGAGCCAGAUAGGAGAAUAUGGAUGCUUAGCGCAGAGGUAGAGUCCAAUUUAAAGGCGAAUGCGCCUCGACUUUGGAAGCGUUUGCAAACACAUCUGGGCCAAGCCAUCCAGUACUUGGUGCUUAUGCUUGUGGUUGGUACCUAUGCAGCUUGUCCUUUGACAGUCUCGUGGGCAAAGAUUGUGGGCUUUGGAGAGGACGGUUUGCCGAUCAAGGGCCGCCCCUUCAAGGAAGGCUCUGUCAUCGUUGUUUCGUGGCUUCUAAUUUGCUUCGUCGGCCUCUCUUUGUCCUUCGUCAGUGGAGGGUGGAAGCAAGUAAGGCAUUGCUUUGAUCUCCAACACAUCAUCAUCUUCGCUCCUGCGGGCAUCGGUUGGGCCAUGGCCGACGUUUGUGAAGUCUUGGCCGUGGCCCGCAUCGAUCCGGCCACCUACGGCGUGCUGUCGCAGGGGCGCCUGUUGUCGAGUGCUGCGGCGGGCUGGAUUAUUUGUGGUGCCUGGCAGACUGGCCUUCAGUGGGGCAUUUUGGCAUGUUUGUCGCUGAUAUGCAUGGCAUAUUGCCUCGUUCCAGAUGAGUCGCGGCCGAACGCAGAGCGCCUGUUUGAGUGGCGCUUGCGGCAGGAUACAUGGUUGACAGUGGAUCGCUUCCAUACUCCAGACACUGAGGAUCAUCUCUUGGGUGGAGCUUUUGCUUUGGCGAAGGUCACCCUGUCGGUCCUGUGCAGCGUCUAUGUGGAGACUUGUUUCAAGUCGAGUCGAGCCCACCCCAUGAGAUUGCACGUGCAAAUGACGCAGGUGUCCUUCAGCAGCAUUAUUGCGGCCACCACGGGAUACUUAUUGAUUUGUAUCUUGCAUCAUGAGGAUCCAUCACAAUUUUUUAGUGGACAAGAUGGAUCCUGGACGCAGCGAACGUUGAUUGUUGCCGCAAUGUACUGUUGGAGAGAGUGGAUUUGCAGCCUUUGUGUAAAGCACUUUGACUCCUUGGUGAAGAAUAUCUGCAACGCUGUCUCUUUAGUGGUGACCUACAUGUUUACCGUCGCAGCUCGAGAGACGGAUUUUUCCAUCCUGAAGGCCAUGCUGCUGGUUGCAAUCGUUCUGGAGGUGAUCAAUUAUUGCUUCACCCGUACGCCGGUGCCGGUGGAGCUUCCAGUGAAUCAGUAUAAAGCUAUGCUUCCAAAGGAUGCAUAG